AAGUAGGACGCACAAAAUUUGUUAUUUUCUCAAUAUCAAAGAUGGCGAAUAUGCGUGACAGUGAUACGUCCCUGUGGCUACACAAUAAAUUAGGAACUUCGAAUGAUUCUUGGACUGGUGGCUCAAUAUGUUCGCAAUUAAACGCCGAAGUGUUACGCAAUAUAAAAGACUGUUUUCCCGAUCUUCAGACGCAGGUCAAACUGAAGUUGCUAUUAAGUUUCUUCCACAUACCAAGAAGAAAUAUAGAUGAGUGGCGAUGUGAGCUGGAACAGAUUGUUGAUGUUGCUGUGAGUGAUUCUGAUUUAUGGGUCUCGAUGCUGGCUGAAGCUUUAAAAACAUUUCCGGCCACUGGCAGCCUGAACACAGAAAUUGCAGAUUUGGAUGAAGUAAGACCAAUAUUCACAAAUUUGGUGAAUGAUCUGAGGCAUCUAGUAAAGAAACAGUCCGAACAAGUGAUGUUACCCAUGGAAUGUCAUUAUUUAAAUAAAGCAGCAUUAGUGUCUGUGGUAGGGCAGCAGCCAUCAUCUACAAAACAUUUCACAUUAAAAAAAUCACCUAAAUCAGCUAUACUUAGAUCUGAUUUAUUGCAAAAGGCUUCGGAUGCAGCAAGCAAUUUGAAAAAGUCUUCAGCUCCAGUUAUACCAGUACGAUCUCGAGGUAUGCCGCGCAAGAUGACGGAUACCACCCCUCUGAAAGGUAUUCCCAGCAGGCAUCCUCCAUCUAGUUUUCGAUCAAGUCUACUAAGUGGUGGGUUAGGUAACCGACCGCCUAUAUCGAGACCUCAUGCUGGGCGCAAGGAAGGCGGUGUUAAGUUGUUGGAUAUUGCUGAUCAGCCACUAGGCUAUGCUGCUGCUAAGAAACGGAAGCGUCAACAGGAGAUCGACGAUGCUAAGAAGGUGUCUGAAGUGGCGCCCAGCAUUACUUCACCAACUAGUACAAAUGUUACUCCUGAUUAUGCCGCUGGACUCACUACGCCGACUUAUGCACCUACUGUCACAACUAUUGCUUCAACCGGCAGUACAACGACUACCAAUGUUAUAACCCAUACCGCUUCCGCAAUUACGACGGUCACAAGUGCCACUACUCUUAAAUCUUCUACAGAGAAGGAAACUGCACCUACUAUAGUACAAGGGAUUAAUCCUAUGCGUCCAGUGC